CGUGUGGAGAAGUUAAAUGAUUAUAUCAGACAGAGUACUCAAGCUAUAGAAGAACAAAGAGUAGCUGAAGAGGAACUAGGAGGGGAGGUUACAACUGCAAAUGAAAGAAUACAACAAAUUGAAAAUGAAUUAUGCUCAAUUGGUGAGCAACUUAGUGAAGCAAAGGUUGAUAAACAUGAGUCAGCUCGAGCUAUGAAGAAAGCAGAAUUAUUGGACAACUUAAAGCGUUUAUAUCCUGGUGUGCAUGGACGAUUGAUAGAUCUGUGUCAACCAAGUCACAAGCGAUACCAGAUAGCUAUCACCAAAUGUCUUGGUAAAUACAUGGACGCCAUCAUCUGUGACACAUUGAAAACAGCAAAGGAAUGUAUCCAGUAUAUGAAGGAACAGAGAAUUGAACCUGAAACCUUUCUUCCCCUUGAUUAUCUAGAUGUGAAACCUGUUAAUGAAAAACUAAGGGAGAUUCGUGAACCAAAGAAUGUAAAAUUGGUAGUUGAUGUAAUCAGAUACGAGCCUCCAUCUAUUAAGAAAGCUUUAAUCUUUGCCUGUGGAAAUGCUCUAGUUUGCGAGACGGUAGAGGAUGCUAGGAAAGUGGCGUUCGGAGGGCAUGAGAGACAUAAGUCAGUAGCAUUAGAUGGUACAUUGUUCCAGAAGUCUGGUGUGAUCUCAGGAGGUGCUAGUGAUUUAAAGGCCAAAGCUAGACGUUGGGAUGAAAAAAUGCUGGGACAGUUGAAACAGAAGAAAGAAAAAUUGACGACAGAAUUAAAAGAAAUGUCAAAAAAGAAGAGAAAAGAAUCAGAAUUAAAUACCAUUCGUUCACAGAUUAAAGGUCUUGAGACGAGAUUGAAAUAUUCCAUUACAGACAGGGAUAAUACACAAAAUAAACAUCUAACACAGAAUGAGAAAGAUCUGAGAAAUUAUAAGGAACAAAUCCAUUCAUUUGAGCCUAGAAUGCAUCAGUUAGAGAGAUCUAUGAAUGAAAGGGAAGACACAAUAAAGGCAUUGAAGGAUAGAAUGAACAGGGUAGAAGAUGAAUUGUUUGAAGAUUUCUGUGCCCAGAUUGGUGUGGAAAAUAUCAGACAGUAUGAAGAGAGAGAAUUGUUAGUACAACAAGAAAGAGCCAAGAAACGUUUGGAAUUUGAGAACCAAAAGUUCAAACUGCAGAACCAGAUAGAAUUUGAACGGUCCAGAGAUACUCUCGCUAAUGUUAUGAAAUGGGAGAAGGCUGUGACAGAUGAUGAAAAGGAAUUGGAGAAAGUGAAAAAUGACGAGGCAAGAAAUAUGGAGACAAUAGAUAGAGAGAUGCAGAAAGCAGAUAGAUGUAAACAACAGAGACUGACUAUAAAGUCACAGGUAGACGACUUCGAGGGACAGAUUAAUGAGAUCAAGAAGCGACUGAAUGCACAGAAUAAAGAGAUUGCUGCAGCACAGAAACAAGUUGCUGGCCAUGAGACUUGGCUUGAACAGAAACGUGCUGAUAGACAUAGUCUGCUGAAAACUUGCAAGAUGGACAACAUCAACCUGCCUAUGAGAAAAGGCACGAUGGAUGACAUUACACAGGAGAAUGAGCCGUCCAGUGCCAUGGAUGGUACCCAGAUGGAUGGUACCCAAUCAGAGACAGGGCUCGACAGUAUGAGCAGUAAAGGUGCAAAGAAAAUAUACGAGAAAGAAGCUUUGAUCAUUAUAGAUUACUCUGGUUUAGAUGAUGAUCUCAAAGAGAUUGAUGACCCAUCUGAAGUGAAAAAGAAUAUUGAACAAAUGACUAAAGGGGUAUCUGAUAUGGUGUCUACAUUACAGAGAAUUAAUGCUCCAAAUAUGAAAGCUAUGGAAAAGUAA